AUGACUCCCGCUGGUUCCAUCGCUUUGUUGGUCAUCCUGGUCAUUGCUCUCAUCUGCACUAUCAUCUGGCUCGCAAAGGACCAGGUUCACACCUUUGUCAAGGCUUUGGCCCAUCACCGAGCGGCACCCACACCCAAUCCCCAAAUUCUCCACCAAAAUUUAUUCCAUGGAAGCUCUCCAAGCACCGAUCGACUGACUUCAUUGCGCGCCGCCCCCAGGUCUCUCCACGCAUCCUCGACAAGAACGAGCCAUUCCAUAGCAAUGGCGACCCGACGCGCCUUCCGCUCCUCUUGGAGCGCGCGAUCUCUUUCGAACCAGCUCAGCACAUCUCCUUCCCCUAUCUCCCGCCCUUUCGCAAUCGCCUCCCGAUCCAUCAACACCUCAACCGACCCUUCCGCCGAUGGCAAGACAACGCACUUUGGCUUCAAGACUGUCCCCGAGUCUGAGAAGGCCGACCGCGUCGCCGGCGUCUUCCACAGCGUCGCCGACUCUUAUGACCGCAUGAACGAUCUCAUGUCCUUUGGCUGGCACAGAAUAUGGAAGGACCACUUCGUCUCCGGCCUCCAGCCAGGCCUCUCAGCCUCCAACCCACCCACCCCCCAACACAUCCUCGACAUCGCCGGCGGCACAGGUGACAUUGCCUUCCGCAUGCUCCACACGGCGCACAACAUCAACCACAACCCCGACGUCCGCGUCACAAUCUCCGACAUCAACCCCUCCAUGCUCGCCGUCGGCCGCGACCGUUCCCGGUCCCUCCCGGCCUCCCAGCAGGCCGCCAUGUCCUGGCUCGAGGCCAAUGCCGAGAAGCUCCCCGAGGGCGCCAUCAAGGACAACUCCAUCGACCUCUACACCGUCGCCUUCGGCAUCCGCAACUUUACAAACAUCCCCGCCGCCCUGCGUGAGGCCCACCGCGUGCUCAAGCCCGGCGGUGUCUUCGCCUGCCUCGAGUUCAGCAAGGCAGACGACUACCCGCUUUUCAACGCCAUCUACAAGCGGUGGUCCUUUAGCGGUAUCCCCCUCAUUGGCCAGCUUGUUGCUGGUGACAGGGAUAGCUACCAGUACCUCGUCGAGAGUAUCGAACGGUUCCCCAGCCAGACGGAGUUCAGGGACAUGAUCAAGGAUGCUGGUUUCGUUGUCUCGGGUGAGGGUUAUGAGAACUUGACUGGCGGUGUUGCUGCCAUUCACAAGGGUAUGAAGCCCAUUGCGUAA